CUUCAGGCUCUUGCCUUCGCUUCUUGUCUAGCGUCGCUGGCCCGGUUACUCUCGAGUCUGGCCUCAAAUAAAGGCUGAUUCUGUGUGCAUAGGCAGCUAAGCUCCGCUGUGGUGUUGGUGGCUGUGUAAUUUGUCCCAGACCCGAGAUUGGGAAGUUUUGGGUGCUCCUGACUUAAAAAGAGAUGUUUUCCUAUUUUGUGAAAUUGGUCUGAGGCAGAGAUACUUGGGGGGGGGGGGUGUCCCGUUUUACAUGCGUAAAAUUAUUAAAACAUAGCAGGGUGUGAGGAUGCGCUUAAUUACACCUGAACAAAUUUAAUGUAGGUCCUGUGAGAAGUCAAAUUAAUAUUUGGUUACAUUUUUAUUGCAUUGUUCCUUCGCAGAGUUCAGGGUGGUAGUAUCCUGUUGUUCCUUCAUCUUCACAACAGAGAGAAGCUCGCCCCUUUAUCACCUGGGAAGCUUUGUGGUUGAAUAGGGAUUGGAACCCAGGUCUUAAUGUCCUAAGUCGUUUCUAAAAGGCUGCAUAUAUUCCUGCUUGCCUUUGAUCCAUUCUUGGCAUACUUAUAACUCUACAAAAUUGCCUUUUUCUCCUCUAACAGUGUCUGUGGAGGUGUUUUUGGGGUGCAUUUGUAUGCAUCCUGUUGUAGCCCAUACUCUGUAACUCCUAUGCAGGUGUGAAAUGUCUUUGCUAAAAAGGUAAAUGCUUUCUCCGAAAUCCUUGCAUGUUGGUGACACUGAGGUGUCCCUCCCUCUCCCCAUCCCACAACUAUAACCUUUAGAGAUCAACCAAAAUUGAGAGAGGUCCAUUCUGUGUCCAUUCCCACAUGGUGUAUUAUUAAUACACACUGAAAGGUAAACACACAAUUGAAGACCUUUGAACAUUAAAUUGGUAUACCUCAGCUCAAUAUGGAAGCUGCCUUUAGGGUGAAUGAACCUGUGAAUGGUUGUGAGUGGUGAACAGUUGUGGCUGCUGCUCACUUGAGCUGGUAGAGCAGUGGGCAGGGCAGCUAACAGCAACUGGAGCUAGGGAUAAGCAAGAGGCAAGCUCACUUAAUCCAGAAACACACACUGGGCACUUCUAGACUGUCACCAUUGUAUAACCUCCCUGCCCAAAAAAUAAGAAUGAAUGCUCAAUAAAUAGCUCCAUAAACAUGUACAAACAGACAUGUACAAACAGACAUCCCAAUACAUUUUGGAACCUGAGGUAAACCACCAAAUGGCGCCCUCCACCCCACCAAGAAAAAUGGGGUGAGUGAAGGAUCUACAUCAGGAAAAAAGGAGGAAUAAAGAUCUACAUCGGGAUCUCCUGCCCCUGUGGAUCCUGCUGCCUGAGGCAGUCAUUUCACCUGUCCUCAUGGGUGGGCUGGCCCUGCAAACAAAGCAGGACAAAAGCUCAAUAAGCGGGUCAUACGGAAGCAAACAUAGACCUGACACAUACACAAGUGUGGCAGGGGAAGAAAGCACAGCUGGGGACUCGGAGAAGGAUAAAUGGAGAUGUUGAAGGCAGGCAGGGGGGUUCUGCAUGGCACUGCAAGAAAGGAAGAAAAACCUUCUUUAGAAGCAAGAUGGAAAGAUGCAGCAGAAACAGUAAUUAUUGGAGGUGGUUGUGUUGGUGUGAGUCUUGCCUACCACCUGGCCAAGGCUGGCAUGAAAGACGUACUUCUGUUGGAAAAGUCUGAACUCACUGCUGGAUCUACAUGGCAUGCAGCAGGUUUGACAACGUAUUUCCACCCUGGAAUAAAUCUGAAGAAGAUCCAUCACUACAGCAUCAAGCUUUAUGAACAAUUAGAAGAUGAGACUGGACAGGCUGUUGGGUUUCAUCAGCCAGGAAGUAUUAGAAUUGCUUCAACUCCAACGAGGGUGGAUGAGUUAAAAUACCAGAUGACUCGAGCUGGUUGGCACCCAGCAGAGCAGUAUCUUAUCAAGCCAGAGAGAGUACAAGAAUUAUUCCCUUUAUUAAACAUGGAAAAGGUUUUAGCUGGUUUGUACAACCCUGGAGAUGGUCAUAUUGACCCUUACUCACUCACCAUGGCUUUGGCUGCAGGGGCCAGGAAAUAUGGUGCUCAGAUAAAUUAUCCAGUCCAAGUAACUGACCUAAAAUCUAGAGCAGAUGGAACAUGGGAAGUUGAAACUCCACAAGGAAUAAUUCGAGCAAACAGAGUUGUGAAUACAGCUGGUUUCUGGGCUCGUGAAAUAGGGGAAAUGAUUGGAUUGCCCCAUCCACUCAUACCAGUUCAUCACCAGUACAUUGUUACGGCAACUAUUCCUGAAGUGAAAGCCCUUAAAAAAGAAUUUCCUGUGAUUCGUGACCUAGAAGGUUCAUAUUAUCUAAGACAAGAAAGGGACGGGAUUUUAUUUGGCCCAUAUGAAAGUCCAGAAAAAAUGAAACUACAGGAAUCCUGGGUAACAGAUGGAGUCCCACCAGGAUUUGGGAAGGAGCUUUUUGAGUCUGAUUUGGACCGAAUAAUGGAUCAUGUUGAGGCUGCUAUGGAAAUGGUCCCAGUCCUAAAGCAAGCAGACAUUAUCAAUGUAGUUGCAGGCCCUAUAACAUAUUCUCCAGAUAUCUUGCCUAUGGUGGGGCCACAUCAGGGUGUUCGAAAUUAUUGGGUAGCUAUUGGUUUUGGAUACGGCAUCAUCCAUGCUGGUGGCAUAGGAAAGUAUCUCAGUGACUGGAUACUCAGUGGGGAGCCUCCUUUUGAUCUAAUAGAAUUAGAUCCAAAUAGGUAUGGAAAGUGGACUACUCCGGAAUUCACAGCAGCAAAAGCAAGAGAAUCUUAUGGAUUUAACAAUAUUGUUGGCUUUCCUAAAGAAGAAAGAUUUGCUGGGAGACCCACAGCAAGAGUUAGUGGGCUUUAUGAAAUCCUUAAGUCGGAAUGCUCCAUGGGAUUCCAUGCAGGAUGGGAGCAGCCUCAUUGGUUCUACAAACCUGGGGAUGAGAUUGGAUACAAGCCAAGUUUUCGACGUACAAACUGGUUUGAACCUGUGGGCCGUGAAUAUAAACAGGUGAUGGAAAAAGUGGGUGUGAUUGAUCUCACUCCAUUUGGCAAGAUUAGCAUCAAAGGCAGUGAUUCUGUUAAAUUUCUGGAUCGCCUGAUUGCAAAUGUGAUCCCAAAGAUAGGUUUCACAAAUAUAAGUCAUAUGUUAACCCCAAGAGGCAGAGUCUAUGCAGAGCUCACAGUCUCUCAUCUAAAGCCAGGGGAAUUUUUGUUAAUUACUGGUUCUGGGUCAGAGCUUCAUGACAUGAGGUGGAUUGAAGAGGAGGCAGCUAGAGGACAGUUUAACGUUGAGAUCAGAAAUGUCACAGAAGAAAUUGGAGUAUUGGGUGUAGCUGGUCCAUAUGCACGAAAAGUCCUCCAGAAGUUGACAACAGAGGAUCUCAGUGAUGCAGCAUUUAGUUUUCUACAAUCCAGACAUUUAAACAUUGUGGAUAUUCCUGUAACUUCAAUUAGAAUAUCCUAUACAGGUGAACUGGGUUGGGAGUUGUACCACAGACGAGAAGAUUCUGCAGCUUUAUACUCUACUAUCAUGGAAGCAGGCCAGGAAGAAGGAAUUGACAACUUUGGAACAUAUGCGAUGAAUACGUUAAGGCUAGAAAAGGCUUUUCGGGCAUGGGGAGCAGAGAUGAAUUGUGACACCAAUCCUCUGGAAGCCGGACUGAAAUAUUUUAUAAAAUUAAAUAAGCCAGCAGACUUCAUAGGAAAGCAAGCACUGAAGCAGAUAAAAGAAAAGGGGCUUGAACGGCAACUUGUAUAUCUCACCUUGGAAACUGAUAAUGUUGAUCCAGAGGGAAAUGAAAGUGUCUGGUAUAAUAACAAGGUUAUUGGCAACACCACAUCUGGAUGUUACAGCUACAGCACUCGGCAGAGUCUGGCUUUUGCAUAUGUCCCUGUGGAACUCAGUAAAGUUGGACAGAAACUGGAAGUUGAACUACUAGGCAAAAAUUAUCAAGCAACUAUUAUCCAGGAACCAUUGGUUAUGACUGAGCCAACAAGAACGCGGCUUCAGAAGAAGGGUGGAAGUGCUAAAAUAUAAAGAGGCAGGCGUUUAAUUCAUCAAUAUUAAGAGUCAAUACUUGAUUAGUGUAUUUCAUUUGAGUUGAAUGCAAAUUACACAUGAAAUAUGCAACAAAAUAAUAUUUUAUGUUUACUAAUCAUUAAGAAUAAGGAACAAUUUAAGAAACCACUGUUACUUAUACACAUUAGUUCUUGAAAAUAAUGUAUACCAAAUCAGUAAAUAGCAGCAGCAACAGUCUUGAGUAUGUUGUAAAAAAAUGGGAUUGUUGCAGUAUGAUUGAGCAAGUGGCAGGAGUCCUGGGCUACAGAGCAUGUGGCAAAUCUAUGUAGAAAUGAUGGUCUGAUCACAAAGGAGAGCAAAGUAUUGAGGCUAUAAGCCCAUGAAUUGAUGGGAAUUUGAAAGCAGUGAAAGUCAGCCUUCUAGCUAGGUUGGUGCAGUGGUGAAAUACGGUAAGUUCCAUAUCUGAAGCAAGGGUCUAGGUAACCAAUCAGAAACUUACUUAGAAUAAUAAUAAUAAUAAUAAUAAUAAUAAUAAUAAUAAUAAUAUAUUAUUAUUUGUACCCCGCCCAGCCAGCUGGGUUUCCCCAGCCACUCUGGGCGGCUUCCAACAAAGAUUAAAAUACAUUAAAAUGUCACACAUUAAAAACUUCCCCAAACAGUUUCACCUCUCAAUUCAGUUUAUAUUUAAAGGUGAACUUAUCUCAUUUGCACUUUCUGCACACUGCACAAACCAAAAGAUAGCUAUCCUUUGAAAUGCAUAAUUCUCCAAUUUGGGGGGCAUUUUUUUCCAACCAAAUCGUGUAUACAAAAAUGCAUAUACUAAGGUUAAGUGUGUAUAAAAAUGCAUAUAUCUGUGAGAAUAACAUAGAAAAAUAGGGGAAAUUGCUUUGCCAAAUUGUGCAUACUUUAUUAGGCAAAAUUGCAUACACAUAUGUAUACAUUAGGGAUGCAGGUGGAGCUGUGGGUUAAACCACAGAGCCUAGGGCUUGCUGAUCAGAAGGUCGGCGGUUCAAAUCCCUGCGACGGGUUGAGCUCCCGUUGCUCGGUCCCAGCUCCUGCAACCUAGCAAUUCGAAAGCACGUCAAAGUGCAAGUAGGUAGAUAAAUAGGUACCGCUCCAAGUGGGAAGGUAAAUGCCGUUUCCGUGCGCUGCUCUGGUUCUCCACAAGCGGCUUUGUCAUGCUAGCCACAUGACCUGGAAGCUGUACGCCGGCUCCCUCGGCCAAUAACGCGAGAUGAGCGCUGCAACCCCAGAGUCAGUCACGACUGGACCUAAUGGUCAGGGGUCCCUUUACCUUUAUGUAUACAUUAGGAGAAAUUCACAGUAAAUUACUGUUGAAUCUUCUAGGGGACAUAUGAAAAAUGGUGAAUCGAUGUGGAACUCAUAGAGCUAAAUUUAAAAUAGGGAGUGGGGAUGAGAUGUAUGUGGAGGGCACAGUGUUGGAGAAGGUUGUCAUGGUGGUACUGGUCUUCCUACACCACAUGAGUGGGCUACUUGUUCUUGGAGUAUGAGUAGCUUGCACACAGCACUUUGAAUACAUGCUACUACGGAAGGUACACAUACACACCCUACCCCAGAUUAAAGCCUGUGCUUUGUUGAGUCCUAUACAGAUUAUUUAUUUAUUAUAACAUGCCAGGAUUGGUUCCCAAAGCAGUUUACAGAUAAAACCUCUUAAAAGGGUACAUUAUAAUUCAGGGUAUGUUUGUGUGUAGAACAGAUCAGGCCUUUUAUAUAAAUUAUUUAUUGGUGCAAUUUCACUCGCUGGAUAAUCAUAAAAUGUAUGUUCAUACAUGUUUGCAAUUCCUGAUGAAUAUCAUAUAUUUUUGUUCCUUGCAUUAUUAAAAUUCAUAUACCGGUACUUUUUCCUUUUAAAGCAAUAUAGUUUUUUUUAAAGCCCUUGUUCAUGUUUUCAUGUCGCCAAUUUUUUAAGCAGAUGGAGAUUGUAAUUCAGUGGUUUUGUAAGAAAGGUAGCUUUAGCAGUUAUCCUUGAGAAAUGCUGUUGACAUGCCUAGAUUACUUAACUUGUUGCACACUAACCGACACAAGUUAACGCAAGAAAAUGCAGAGAUACCUUACUUUUUAUUCUUAACCGGUUUCCUAAAGUUAAAGUCAGGCAUAGGCAAACUCGGCCCUCCAGAUGUUUUGGGACUACAGCUCCCAUCAGCCCUAGCUAAUAGGACCAGUGGUCAGGGAUGGUGGGACUUGUAGCCUCAAAACAUCUGGAGGGCCGAGUUUGCCUAUGCCUGGUUUAAGUUUGCAAAUAUUUCAGUAAGAAUGGUUACACUGGGCAGCACAUCUAACCCCACAAAGAAUUAUUUUUAUAUACAAUACAAUAAUAGUGCAGUCUCAUCAAAAUAGCCUCUGAUUAAUACACCCAGGUGGCGCUGUGGGUUAAAUCACUGAGCCUAGGGCUUGCUGAUCAGAAGGUCGGUGGUUCGAAUCCCUGUGACGGGGUGAGCUCCCGUUGCUUGGUCCCAGCUCCUGCCAACCUAGCAGUUCGAAAGCACGUCAAAGUGCAAGUAGAUAAAUAGGUACCGCUCCGGCGGGAAGGUAAACAGUGUUUCUAUGUGCUGCUCUGGUUUGCCAGAAGCAGCUUUGUCAUGCUGGCCACAUGACCUGGAAGCUAUACGCCGGCUCCCUCGGCCAAUAAUGCGAGAGGAGCAUGCAACCCCAGAGUCGGUCACGACUGGACCUAAUGGUCAGGGGUCCCUUUACCUUUUUUUUACAGUAGUCUCAGAUCCCUAGCUGUCAGGUUUCCAGGUCCAAUAGGCCUAGUGUAGUGAGGAGCAGCCCAGAACAAGAUAGAACAGCAAGCAAAUAUAAGGCCCCAGACUCCUAGCUGUGCAGUGGUACCUCUGGUUACGAACUUAAUUUGUUCCGGAGGUCCGUUCUUAACCUGAAACUGUUCUUAACCUGAAGCACCACUUUAGCUAAUGGGGCCUCCUGCUGCCAUCCCUCAAUUUCUGUUCUCAUCCUGACGUAAAGUUCUUAACUUGAGGUACUACUUCCAGGUUAGUGGAGUCUGUAACCUGAAGUGUUUGUAACCUGAGGUACCACUAUACUUCCUUUUUCUUACCCGAUUGAAGCAGUCCUAUAGGGAGAAUGAUCUUGGCCUCCUGCUGUCUCUCCCCCCCCCACUAGUAGAAGACUUCUAUUCUUGUUAUCCUUUUAAAACUCACAAAAAAUAAAAUCCAGUUGGUACCCCUCAGUGUCCACAUGUCACCUGCUAAUAUAUACAGUGAGACUUACAUUGUUAAGAAGAUUGCCUGAAGUAGCAUAGGAUAAAUCAGUUUCUGAUAAUUGGGCUGUGCUAUAACUGAUUGUUAAAUGAAAGAGAGGAACACAGACAAGCAUACAAAUUUGCUGAAAUGUGAAGGGGAAGUAUAUCUUGUCCUUGGUCCGGAGGAGGAGAGUGAAAACUGCUGUGGCUAACUCACUUGCAUCAUAGCCCACAGAUCAGAUGAAAGUGCUGCUGCAGUUUGGCAGACUAUUGGGUGGGUGGUGGAGUCAACCCUGAAGAAAGUAGCCCAGAGAGUACUCGGAGGCUGCCACCCCCUUUAAGUUUGUAUUGAUGAAUUUAUCAACCUAGUAGAAGAAAAUGAGCAAUGCAUUAUUAGGUGGUAAUUAAACUCCCAAAAAGUGACUGAAUCAGUAAAGAGUAAGGCAAGAAGGAAGUGGCCAUGUUGCUGUUUCUUUGGCAUUGUACUGACGUAGGUGGAGGUAGGCGAAUGAUCUGGGUCUCAAGCUGUUUAAUGCUGCCAUAGAUUCUUCACAAACGAGAAAUUCACUUUGUGACAAGUGGUUGGCUGGAGAUAAAGUGUGUUAAGGGUGUGGUUGGUGGGAAUGGUUGAGAGUGAGAUUUGCAUGUGGGCGUUUCCUAUUUGGGGGAGAUGCUAUUGUGAAAGAAAGUGUAGGCACAGCUAUCUCCUUAGUUAUUUUGCUUAGCAAAUGAUGCUUUAAUAUGUGAAUUCUGAUUGUACUUUUGUCUUUGAUUUUUUACUUGUAACGUUUACUGAUGUUGAUAUUUUGUUUCACUGUUAAUGGUGCUGCUUUAAAUGUGGAUCAUUAUUACAUUUUUGUGUAUGAUUGUUAUUUGUAAUGUUCUUUUCUGGUAUUUUGUAAUAUUUGUAUUUGAUGUUGUAAGAUAUGCUGUAAACUGCUUAGAGAUUUUCUUUCCUCAUGCAAUGUGAAACAGAAUAGAAAUGAUUAAAAUAAAACAAGAUUCCUAUGCUUCUAAGCCAGCUUUAUAAACACCAGAUCCAUAUGAGACAAGCACCUGCUACUUUAGUGUUUUCUUCAAUAAUAAACCUUGUUAUUCUUCCAUUUUUGCUGUUCUCAACAUGGGUUCAGGACGUCCAGAGCACACUUGUAAGAGUUCUUAAAUUAUGGCUUCCCUCCUUCACCCAUUUGCAGUCACUAGAUUUACCUAAGCCUGAAUUACAGGUUUUGCCUUUAACUGUCCUAAUAACCUUGGGCUCCCCAGCCAACAGAUGACAGUCAUGGUUUCCAGUAGGGCCUGUAAUCCUCACUCCUAACACUGCAGCUCAGCACAGUGGCUAAGGCCUGGGUAGGAAAACUAAGGCCCGGGGGCAAGAUCCGGCCCAAUCGCCUUCUAAAUCCAGCCCGCGGAUGGUCCGGGAAUCAGCAUGUUUUUACAUGAGUAGCUAGAACGUGUACUUUUAUUUAAAAUGCAUCUCUGGGUUAUUUGUGGGGCAUAGGAAUUCGUUCA